AUGGCGAAGCACGGUAUUCCGCUUGGCACCCUUAAGGAGUGUCUCAUGUUCCUGGAGUGGUUGAAUCAUAGUAAGCAUAUGCGGGACCAGGUGGCCAAAGAACUGCAUGAUCGUCUUAGUGGCAGAUAUCUUAAUCCUAAUCAACAGCAAAUUCAGCAAGCACUCACCACUUUCCUUGGCAAUGUAUCAACGUUUCAUAAUAAAUUAUGCAACAAGGCGAGUCAGAAACAUAUAAGCAGUAACCCUACUGCCGUACUAGAUGCCCUUUCAGAAUGCAUUCCCAAGUUCUUAGCAGUGAUGUAUUUUUUGAGGUACCAGGUGGAUGCGAGUUUCUCGAAACUGGAUGGUGGGAAGUGGAAGGACCACAUGGUUGGUCAAGGUAUACUUGGCCGUGAACUGCAGGCGUAUCUCACUACAUCAUCAGGCUCUAAAUAUGGCGUAAUCCCUGGAGGAUUCGGUAGACAUGGCGACGUUAAACGUGGUAGUGGUCGGAAUGGCUACCGCCAAGGUAGUGACAUGGCAAGUGACCUUACAGCGAUUUGUGAAAAGCAUUCCAAUAAGCCAAAUAUACAAAAUUAUUUCCUCGACGUUUUCUCCACCUCAGUGCUCGGACAACAUGGCACAGAUCUUCCGAAUACAGCCAACGCCCUGGCGUUGGUGAGGACUUUUUGCGAGAUAGUGGUAAACGAUAAGGGAGGAGAGUUAAUAUCAAAACUGAAUGCACAUCGGGCAUCAUCCGACAAACACAUUUGUUGGAAUAAUUUAAAAGCACAUUGUGAGAAGCUUCAAGAACAAUUUAGCAAAAUUUUCAAGGGUGAACGUUUUUCCUUCACAGGCUUCGGUAGGGAGCCUGAACACCUUAAGAAAGAAGAAUUUGCAAAGGAGGCUGCGGAUUGGUUGAGAGAUAAUUUGGACAAAGUGAAGACUAAUUUGGGGAAUAUUGAUACUACGAACAAGGCCCUCGGAAAGAAAUCACCCGCUGAGCUUACAGACUAUUUCAACAAAUAUCUCUUCCCAUAUGGCUUUACAUUUGACAAAAAUAAUUUCGGUAGCGGUAUGAAUCCGCAUGAUGUUUUGUCCGGCGUAAUCAAUGACCUUAAGAGAGGGGAUGACGGAUUGGAUAAGCUUAAACAGAUUUUGGAAGGUGAAGUGUGUCCACCGGAGAAGCAAGAGGAGGGAGCACAGGACCAGGGGAAGAAAGCGGAGGGAGCACAGAACCAGGGGAAGAAAUCUGAGGGAGCACAGGACCAGGGGAAGAAAGCGGAAGCGUCUCCAAAUCAGAAUAAUGGUCAAAGUCGAGAUGCGUCUGCAGAUUCAGCAAGUGGAGACUCUUCUGCUCCAGCUGCGUCUCCCGGUGCUCCAGGAGCUGCAGGCCCGGCAGGGCCUAAGAAUGAUCGAGGACAGCAAGGGCCUCCUGGUUCAGGGCCUCCGGUGUCUUCUCCAGCUCCAGGUUUACCAGUUAUACAAGCUGUUCAGACUCAACGAACUGAUGAUACAGUAUCGGCAGUUUCCCCUCCACCUCCGCCGCCUGCUCCCCCUCUUCCUAAAGACCCUGGCCACACUGCUCAGCCAGGUGACCCGGGUGCGGGUUCACCGGGCGGUGACGGUCAAGGUGCUCAGCCUGGUGGAUCUCCAGUUACAAGUCCUACUCAGCCUACAAGUGCUUCAGAUUCACAACCUGGACCAACUGGUGGCCAGGGGUCUGGUCGACAUGAUAGUGGAGUGGCUGGGCAAGAUGUUGGUCAAGCCUCCGGUAAAACUCCAAGCAGCGGCGCUACUCCGUCGGGUGCCCCGGCGGCUGGUGGAGGGGGUGGGAAGGGGCAGCAGGAUCCGCCGAAGCCGAUACCAUGCCGGAAUGUUACGCUGCAAAAUCUUUUGGCAGGUGGCAACAAUUGGUGUCCUUCAACAUAUAAGCCGCCUAAUCAAGUUCCCUACAAGUUUAGUGAUCCUGACGCUCUUAAUAAAAUCCACGAGAAAGUCAAAAAUGAGUCACACUCAGCAUCUCAGAAUCUCAAUACACCAGAUAUUCUGCAAAAUCAAAACAAUUCCGGGCAUCUUACGUUUGGCCAUUCCCUGAAACCUACUAGGCUUCGUCCUGGUGAUAGGCUUCCGACUCCUCCACCCCAAGAAAAGCCUUCCGUUCUUAGUGGAAGUGAAGUAGAAGAGAAUGAGGCUUAUCCAAUGAUUAUGAAUGACGAAUAUAGCGAUGCCAUCAGUCUCGAAGGUAAUGCAAAAUUCGACAAUUCUAGGGAUUAUCGUCAACUGGACGAGGAGCAACGAGGUCAAGAAUUAGACGAUCAAUGGAAAAAAUAUUAUGGUGACCAAGAACUGGUAAAUCGACUGGAUAGAAUGAAACAUGAUAUGGAACUAAGGCAGGCAAAAAUCAAAGAGUUACAACAUGCGAGAACGGUGCACGAUCAUAAGGAGCAGUUGAGGCUUGAAGCAGUCAAUUCAUUAGCAAAAUCUGGUACGAUUUCUGGAACUGCAAUUGAAAGAGAUCAUAUUGUGGUUCCGACCUCUAAAUCUACAAAACCUCAACCGACUUUUAUCAUAUCUAAAAAUCAUUCCCUUCCCACUGUAAAACUAGACGACUACUCCAUGGCGAAAUUUACGGAUGUCACUGGCACCGUUUUAACGCAGUCACCAAAGAUGAAAACGAAGGACACAGUUUCGCUCCCAGCGCCACCAACUCCAUAUGUCACCGGCAAGUCGAUUGACGAUAAUAACAUCGAUUCUCUCACUUCCUCGUAUCCUGUAGGUGAGUUGCACCCAGCGAGGCCGCCUCCCGUAGAUGUAGAAAUUGUCCGCCCUCCUGCUUCCCCAAAUAAAUCAAAAGCAUACCGUACAAUGGGCGUUCCUCCAGUGGAGCUCAUUGAUCAACCCCGACCGCCAAUGCCAUCGGCGCGGAAGACAUAUCGCAAUGACGCCGAAAACCUUCAAACCAUGGUGUACUUUGAUAAAUCAAAUCCAGAAAAGCAUUCGACAACGAUUACGUUGAACACAAUGGCCGACCUUAACGUCUGCCAAAACCCCUGGUACGCUCCCCCUUCCUCCUCCUCCACUACCGUCACUCCAGCUCCCUCCCCUCCCCCAGGCUCCGACCAUCUGCCCCCGCCCAACACCGUCAGGGAAAUGCUCCACUGGCUGGUUGGGUUGAACCAAAAGGGGUAUGUUGGGAUUAUUAAGGAGCAUGUUAAAGGCAUUUUAAGUGCACUUAACGAGGAUGUCUCACAGCCUCCAGAUGCCCUCGAGGUCACUGGGCAUCCCACCAAUCUGACCGCUGCCCAUGUCACCGCCAAACUGACCGAGGCAUGCCACUACGCUGCCAACGUUCUCCACAGGAUCAAGCAUAAAGACAUUUCGACAGACAUUUCAGUGCCUGACUUCACCUCAGAAUAUUCCAAGCUUUGUUAUUCCAUCGACCCCGCCUGCCUCCUCUGCCAGCUGCGGGACUACGUCUACGCCUGCUGCCACCAGUUGGAGUUCCUAAAGGCGCAGUGUAAUCGGAAGGAAUCUGAAGGUGGUUGGCAGGAUUGUCCGUACGGCCGUGAUGCCAAGAUGUCCCCCCUCCAGGCCUUCCUGACUGACGCCCCCGACUCCAAGUUCGAGACACAUCCCUUCGACCCGUGCGACAUCUGCCUCAAGAGCCGUGUAAACAUGGGAUUCAAGCAGGAGCAUCUGCCUGCAACUCACGAAACUGGCAAGCAUAUUUCCACCAUCCUCACUCCCAGCUGCGGCGGCGAAGAUCCCUUGCUGACAUUGACCUCUUACCUCACCUGCAUCACCAGCCGGACGCCGCGCACCACCGGGGAGCUUGUGUCUUUCUUCCACAAUUUCGGCAAUUCACUAUACAAGCCUCAUCCACACUUGUCCCAACUAGGCUCCGCCCUCUCCAAGCCACAUGACCACUGCCCCGACUGGGACCACCUUGCUGCCGACGACCUCAAUGCCAUCCAGUACAUCCGGGGCCCCGCCCCUCCCACCGCCAACCACGACAAAGGCCAUUCCAGGACCCUGUCCACACUGGUUGGCUGCGACAUAACCAAUGCGCAGUGCCCACCUCAUAUUUCGUCCACCACCUACCGGGCCUACGCCCUGUACUCUUCCAGCUUCGCGCACGCCUACCUCAGCUGGGCGGUCUACCUGGCAGACAGACUGUGGGAGUCAUUGCUCAAGCUGCACUAUGAUCUCGAGAACCUUCAAUGUCACGACUCCAAGUCCAAGCCCCUCCACCAGUGUACCAAGGCCCUGCCGCUGCUCUACUCUCACGGCAUCACGCCGCCAGACGGGACAGUGCAGUCCUCACUCACGUGUUCGGCUGCCGUCACCAAGCUUAAGGAUGUGGUCAACGGAAAGCCUAUCGCCAGGCUCAUGACCGCCAUGGACCUUUUCCUCUAUCGCAUCCGUGCGCCCUUCCUCUACACCAUCAUCGCACUCUGGCUCACCGCCACGCUCUGCAUCGCCCACUCACUCCUCUACCGCAUGGACGUGAUGCACAUCCGCUCGCACCUCCUCACCACCAGGGCCUCACACAACAUCGACGUCAAGGCUUUACUCGCCGGCAGCCGCAGGAUGCUCUCGCUCUACAAGGACGUCGAUUACUUCGACGACGACUUUCACUCGUGA